UAUAGGGGAGGAGGCGCAUGCGCAGUUGGCAGCCUGGCGGCCGUGCAAGGAGAGGGCACAUGCGCAGAAGGGAGGGAGCGGCGGCGGCGCAUGCGCAGUGAGGAGGAAGCUGGCGGGAUGGAGGCGGCGCUGGAGGUGACGGCGCGGUACUGCCGCAGCGAGCUGGAGCAGUACGGGCGCUGCGUGGCCGCCAGCCCGACAUCGUGGCAGCGGGACUGCCACAGCCUCCGCCUCGGCAUCUCCCGGUGCGCCUCGGCGCACCCCAUCGUCAGGAGGAUCCGCAGCGACUGCGCCGAGCCCUUCGCCGCCUUCGAGAGGUGCCUGCAGGAGAACGAGGCCGCCGUGGGCAAGUGCAGCGAGCACGUCGCCGCCUUCCUGCGCUGCGCCGAGCAGGUGAAGGUGGCUGCGUGAGGGGAUCCUCGGAAUUAAAGUUCAUCCUCAGGAGUGAAUGAAAACUUUCUGUACUCUGGAGUCUCAUUCCAAUGCUCAGUUGGGUUGUUGCUCCCCUCUGAGUGCAGCCCUGCGACGUGGUUCUCUUGGUGCUUGUCUUCAACAACCAGCUGGACUCUGACACGGCUGUCAGAGUGUUCCCAAUCUGCUGGCACUUGUGUGCUGCUAACACUGGGUUUUCUCUGCUGGUGCUCCAUGCCCUUACCAGCUUUGUAAGUAAAAAAAAAAAUAAUUAAGAAAUUACAGAGCUGUGUUGAACACCAAAGGAUCAGCGAGCAACCUGCAGAUGUACUUGAAUAGGAACCAAAAGCUAAAAUCAGCCUUUACCUCUUUUUUUUUUCUGCAGUCUGUAUUCAACAAUUUCUUUGAUAAUUAAGUACAGUAUUUUCCUUCGUCCCAAUAAAAGUCACUCCUGAAGAUCAAA